GCCUACCAAGAAACAAGUGGACAAACAGUGAUGUCUGCCACAUUGCUUCAUAACUGCAGUUGGUCUGCAGUUUCCUAAAGAGAAGAGCCAGUAGAGAUCCAAUAGUUGGACAAAAGGUGCUAAAAACUCUAUUUAGUGACCUGUUGCCUUUCCGUUCUAGUGUACAAAAUGACCAGGCACAUGUGGUUCUCAUUACCUUAUGCUUCCAAGCCAUUCAGAAGGACUGAUGUGGUAAACUCAUCUGCGCUUUUUUCUGCCCUGUAUGGCUUCCCCAAUAUCUCAUCCUUCUUCAAUGGGGAUUUAAACAUUGAUGACAUGGGAGAUUUUGAGAACAGCACAAAAUAUGAAGCAGAGUCACAAAGCUCCACUGUUAAAGCUUUCCUAAUAGUCGCCUACUCAGUAAUCAUUAUCAUCUCACUGUUUGGGAAUAUUCUGGUGUGUCAUGUUAUCAUCAAGAACAAGAGGAUACAGUCAGCCACCAGCCUUUUUAUCGUAAAUCUUGCUGUGGCAGAUAUCAUGAUCACCCUCCUUAACACCCCCUUCACCUUGGUUCGCUUUGUGAGCAGCACAUGGGUCUUUGGGAAAUUAAUGUGCCACUUGAGCCGUUUCGUCCAAUAUUGCUCCGUUCAUGUGUCUGUGCUGACACUCACAGCUAUUGCACUAGACAGACACCAGGUCAUCAUGCACCCACUGAAGCCUAGGAUGUCUACGGUAAAAGGCAUCAUCUGCAUUAUCGUCAUCUGGUUCAUGGCCAGUGGAUUCUCAUUGCCCCAUGCCGUCUAUCAGAAGCUGGAACAGUUUUACAUUGGAAACACUGUGCGAAUGGUCUGUCUUCCCAGUUUCCCAUAUCCAGCUGAUCUUUUCUGGAAGUAUCUUGAUUUGGCUACUUUUGUACUCCUAUAUGUUUUACCAUUAAUUGUUAUUUCCAUCACUUACACAACGGUGGCAAAGAAGCUAUGGUUAAGAAAUGCCAUAGGGGAUAUUACCAUGGAACAAUAUUAUGCUCAUCGGCGGAAAAAAAAGAUGACGCUGAAGAUGUUGAUGGUUGUGGUGGUGGUUUUUGCAGUCUGUUGGUUUCCAUUAAACUGCUACUUGGUUCUGAUGUCCAGCAAAGUUAUCAGCAGCAACAAUGCCAUGUACUUUGCUUUUCAUUGGUUUGCUAUGAGCAGCACCUGUUACAACCCAUUUAUCUACUGUUGGCUGAAUGAGAGCUUCCGCUCAGAGCUCAAAGCCCUGCUGUGCGUAUGUAGAAGGAGAACCCCGGCACAGAGCCAUGCUUUGCAAUCUGUCUCCCCCCCAUUUCGACAUGCAUGGACCGAAAACUGUAACUUUAAGCAAGGUAACAGCUCUCAGACUGCUGGUUCUGCCAGUAAUGUUAACUCAGGGAGGACUGAUAUCUCCAGCGUGGAGCCUAUUGUUACAGCUAGCUAAAGGGGCUGUGUGAUGCAAACUAAAAUCACUUUGAUACCUCUUGAUCACAGUUUAGAGCUGAUUCUUAUGGUAUCAAAUAAAGAUUA